AUGGCAGUUGUUGUUGCUAAUUAUUGUUUUACAAUUGUGGAUGUAGGGUCUUAUGGCCGUGAAGGAGAUACAAAUAUUUUUAAACAAUCUACUUUUGGAAAACAGCUUUACAACAAUUCGUUAAAAUUACCAUCUUCGACUAACCUACCAAAUACUGAUGGCCCUGCAUUACCCUAUGUAUUAAUUGGAGAUGAAGCUUUUGGAAUUCAUCAGCAUUUAUUAAGACCUUACUCAAGCCGUGAUUUAAAUUAUUCCAAGCGAAUUUUUAACUACAGACUUUGCAGAGCUAGAAGAAAUGUUGAGUGCGCUUUUGGAAUCCUGUGUAGAAAAUUUGAAAUUUUUUAUGGGUGUAUUGCAGUAGGGCCUGAUUUUGUAAAUAUCAUAGUUCAAGCAGCUACAGUUCUCCAUAAUUAUAUACGACAAAGGGACGGAUUUGCGUUUGAAGACACUCUAAACUGUGACAACAUGUUAGCUAUUGAACCACGGGGAACUGCAUCUAGAAGUUUAGUUGGACAACAGGUUAGAGAUCAAUUCGCCCAGUACUUUUUAAGUGAAGUUGGAAGUGUUCCGUGGCAAAAUAACAGAAUUUAA